AUGGCUACAAAGGUGAAAAUGUUGCCAGAUGAUCGUAGGGUACCCAUGUGUAUCGGGGAACCUAUGGAUCCACAUACCAAACGUGAAAAUGAAUAUGGUACUAUUACUGAUACUAAAUAUUUACAUCAAGUCACUACAAUGGACGUAGAGAAAGCUGAUAAAAGACCAAUCAUUGAUACACCACCUUAUUAUAUUACAUUGAUGACAUAUUUAAAUUAUCUGAUCUUAAUUAUAUUAGGUCAUAUUCGUGAUUUCUUUGGUAUUAGAUUUCAAAAAAAUUCUCAUAGAGAUAUUAUGGAAUAUGAUGGAUACGCUCCUUGGUAUUCUAAAUUUGAAAGUUUUUACGUUAGAAGGUUAAAAAUGAGAAUUGAUGAUUGUUUUUCAAGACCAACUACUGGUGUCCCAGGAAGAUUCUUAACUUGUGUCGAAAGAAUAUCACAUGAUCAUAACGAUUAUUAUACUUUCUCAGGUAAGACUCAAACUUGUUUGAAUCUAUCUUCUUACAACUAUUUAGGUUUUGCUGAAAGUGAAGGGGAAUGUACUAGCGCAGCUUUAAAAGCUGUAGAAAAAUAUGGUGUUCAAUCAGGUGGACCAAGAACUCAAAUUGGUACUUCUGACUUACAAGUCACUACAGAACGUAUGAUCGCUGAUUUUGUUGGGAAAGAAGACGCUAUGAUCUUCUCUAUGGGUUAUUCAACAAAUGCUAAUUUCUUUAAUUCAUUUUUGGAUUCUAAAUGUCUUGUGAUAUCUGAUGAAUUGAAUCAUACUUCAAUUAGAACAGGUGUUAGAUUAUCAGGUGCCGCUGUAAGAACAUUUAAACACGGUGAUAUGGAUCUAUUGGAAAAUUUGAUUAGAGAUCAAAUUGUCUUGGGUCAACCAAAGACUAAUCGUCCAUGGAAGAAAAUUUUGAUAUGUGUCGAAGGUUUAUAUUCUAUGGAAGGUACAUUAUGUAAUUUACCAAGAUUGAUCGAAUUGAAGAAGAAAUAUAAAUGUUAUUUGUAUGUCGAUGAAGCUCAUUCUAUUGGUGCUAUGGGUCCAACUGGUCGUGGUGUUUGUGAAAUCUUUGGUGUUAACCCUAAGGAUGUCGAUGUCCUAAUGGGUACUUUCACUAAAUCGUUUGGUGCUGCUGGUGGGUACAUUGCAUGUGAUAAAUGGAUCAUUGAUAGAUUAAGAUUAGAUAUGACUACUCCAAACUACUCUGAACCAACUCCUCCACCUGUCUUAGCUCAAAUUAUCGCCUCCUUAGAGACUAUCGUUGGUAAAAUUAACCCAGGUGAAGGUACCGAAAGAUUACAACGUAUUGCUUUCAAUUCUCGUUAUUUACGUCUGGGACUACAAAGAUUAGGUUUCAUUGUUUAUGGUAAUGCCGAUUCUCCAGUUAUUCCAAUGUUACUAUAUUGUCCAUCCAAGAUGCCUGCUUUCUCAAGAAUGAUGUUACAAAGGAAUAUCGCUGUCGUUGUGGUCGCAUACCCUGCUACUCCAUUGAUCGAAUCUAGAGUUCGUUUCUGUAUGUCUUCCAGUUUAACAAAGGAAGAUCUCGACUAUCUAUUACGUCAUGUCAGUGAAGUCGGCGAGAAAUUGUUCUUGAAAUUGAAUUCAGGUAAAUCAAGUGUAGAUAAUAAGGUUCAAAGAUGGGAUAUCGAGGAAGUCAUUAGACGUACUCCUGAAGAUUGUAAAGAUAACAGAUUCUUCGUCAAUUAA